AUGGCUGAUGUUCCAGAAGACAGCUGCAUCAAUCUUAUCAAAAUGAGAUUUAUUGACGGUACACUUUACUUUGAAGCUGAAGAUGAUGAAAACCUGGAACCUGAUCACUUCGGCAGGCUUGAAGCUAAAACCUCAAUCUUACGAAAUGUGGAUAACCAAAUUCUUAUGAUAAGCCAGGAAAAUCAACCUGUGUUUGAAGACAUGACUGAUCUAGACUGUCAAGAAAAUGCAUCACAGGUCAGAUUUAUCAUAUAUUACUAUAAAGAUAGCCUCAACAAACGUCCGGGACAUCUUCCAGUAACCAUCUCCGUGAGGCAUAGGAGACUAUCUACUCUCUCCUGCAAAGACAAAAUUCUUUCCUUUCCGGAAAUUGAACCUCCUGCUGAUAUAGAUGAUGAAAAAAGUGACAUCAUAUUCUUUAUGAAAAGAGUUAUAGGAUUUAAUAAUAAAAUGGAAUUUGAGUCAUCAUUGUAUGAAGGACACUUUCUUGCUUGUAAGAGAGAAAACGACCUUUUCAAACUCAUCUUGAAAAAAAAGGAUGAAAAUGGCGCUCAGGGUAGACCGAAGGAUACAACUGUAAUUUUCAAUGUUAUAAAUACAAAAUAA